AUGGCUUCGAAUACGCGCAAGAUCCCUAUCCUGCUCCUCAAGACCAAGUCGACGCCUACCGAUGCUUACGAGGAGCUCUUUUCUACCCCGCGGCGGGAAGGCUUCCAUUUCGAUCCCACAUUCGUGCCAGUGCUGCAACACCAAUUCGAAGAGGAUGGAAUGCAGAGUGUCAGGAGUCUGAUACAGGAUAAGAAGAUAAAUAGUGGCUCAAGCAGCGCAUAUGGUGGCCUCAUCUUCACGUCGCAAAGAGCCGUCGAGGCGUUCGCCAAAUUGGUCGACGAGGGCAAAGGUAACAGCCAAUGGCCGCAUUUACAGGAUAUACCCAUUUACAGCGUCGGUCCUGCCACGACCCGGGCACUGAAAGCCAUCCCCCAAACUCCUCCACUCCAGAUCUUUGGCGAGCAUACAGGAAACGGUGAAGCUCUCGCGCACUACAUGUUCGAGCACUAUGGCGAGUGGUAUAAGGAGCGGCAGACAAAACCACCGCUGCUAUUCCCAGUGGGAGAGCAGAGACGAGACAUCAUACCCAAAACACUUCUGGACGACGCGCUGCCGAGCGACAGACGGAUAAGGGUGACGGAAACAGUGGUGUAUGGCACGGGCGUGAUGGAGUCGUUCGCACAAGACUUCCAGGACGUGUUACAAAGGACAGAAGAUGGGCAGACACGGUGGGUCGUCGUGUUCUCACCGACAGGGUGUGACAGCAUGCUCAGGGGCUUGGGCAUGUUGGACGAAGGAACGGGAAAGGCCAGAAGUUUGCCUGGGAAGCGAACAACUUACAUUGCCACAAUUGGACCAACAACGAGGGACUAUCUGAAGAGGACAUUUGACUACGAACCGGACGUCUGCGCUGAGAAGCCUAGCCCCGAGGGGGUUUGGGAAGGCAUCACCAGUUUCAAGGAGCCAAUAUAG